GGCGGCCAACGUUUCUUGCAACCAACGUCCAUCGUCAUCCUUGAUACCCAUCGAGCCCCAAUGUCAACUUCCGUCCUACAUAUAGUGCACUGGAACGAUGUUUAUCGAGUUGCACCUCAAAAAGUCUCCCCAAAGUCAACGGAGACGAUUGACGUUACUCAGUUUGCCACGAUGCUGGACAAUAUAAGAGACCAGUGGCCAACAUUGCAGGAUGGAACAAAGGAUGGACUAUCUCUAUUCUCUGGCGAUUUAUUCUCUCCUUCAGUCGAAAGUUCUGUAACCCGAGGGAGCCAUAUGGUCCCAGUCAUGAACGAACUUGCCCCAGAUGUAUCUCUUACGGGAAACCACGAUUUUGAUUUUGGAUACCCACAUCUUUCCAAGCUUAUUAAGGACACCACAUUUCCAUGGAUACUAAGCAACAUUAUUGACAUUACAACAUCUCAGGUACCUGAGCGCUUACACGAGUUCCAAGUAUUCGAGCGGGCUGGAACUCGCAUCGGCGUCAUUGGAUUGGUGGAAAAGGAAUGGAUUGGCACCGUGUCUAUGUGGCCUCCUCACUUUGAGUACAGAGACAUGAAAGAAGUUGGCAUCUCUCUUUCGCAACGUCUCCGUGAUCCCAAUGGCGAACACAAAUGCGAUAUCGUCAUCGCACUCACCCAUUCCCGGGUUCCAAAUGAUAUUGCCCUCGCAAAAGAUCUUUUGGCGUUGUCUCCUUCUGCGCAGAAAAACAAACCCAUCCACUCUAGUCAUGGCGUUGAUAUCCUAUUGGGCGGACAUGAUCACCUAUAUUACGCAAGUAAGGGAUGUGAAUGGGAAGGAUACGACACGAAUGAUCAUGUUCUAGGCGCCGAGGAUGAUCACGGUGACGUGCUUGUCGUGAAGAGCGGAACUGACUUUCGAGACUUGAGUGAGAUUGAUUUAGAGCUCGAAUCUACCCCCGAGGGUAGUGUCAGAAGAAAAGUCAUAAAACGGAUUUUUGGUAAACGACAUUCGACACAGCCGGGUUCGAAGUCAUCGGAGAAACUUAGCAAGCUCCUUGAGAAGCUGCUAUCAUCAGUAUCGUCGAGUCUCAAGGCUCCCGUUUGCGUCAGCAAUGUGCCCAUAGACGUUCGUUCGCAAUUCAUUCGUACCGCUGAGUCUGCCGCUGGGAAUUGGUUUGCAGAUGUCAUUCGCCAUGCAUAUGAUGACACCCUGUGCAUGAAAGGAUGUGGUGGUGGCGACGCAGUGUUCAUCUGCGCUGGUACACUGCGUGGUGAUUCUAUGUAUGGUCCUGGAUCUAUCAGCUUAGGGGACAUCCUCGAAAUUCUACCAUUUGAAGACUCGGUUGUUGUCCUCGAGCUUGACGGCAAGGCAAUCUGGGAUGCUCUGGAAGCGUCGCUGGAAACCUGGCCAGCACAAGAAGGGCGCUUUCCCAUCGUUUCCGGUAUGCGUGUCUCCUGGGAUUCGCGCCGGGAACCUGGCCAGCGCGUUUUGGGCGUCUGGCUCUCGAAAGAAGUCGAAGAUAGUGUUCACGAUGGUUCCAGCGGUCGCUCUACGCCGAGACUUGUCGACGCUUUCCCCAUUGAACGCAUUGAAGGCGGAAGAAAAUAUAGUGUCGUGACAAGAGAGUACAUGGCGCAGGGACAUGAUGGUUUCUUGCCCCUCAUGCGAAACAGAUACCUUGUCGACGACGAGACGGGUCAAAUGAUGAGCACCCUGGUUCGCAAAUACCUUCUAGGUUCUCAUUUUGUAAAUAAAAUGGUUCGAUUGGUGGAUCAAUCUAACCAUGACAGGCUGCAUCGUGGAACGAAGGAGGCGAUUUCCCGCGAGAUUGCCAGUCGGAAGCGUAAACACCAUGAUUCUAAGGCGGUGUUGCAGUGGAAGAACGCAGCGCACCUUGCGCUAAGGUGGGCGCGCUCCAAAGCUCAUUAUCAGGAUCACUUCAAAAUUUGUGUGACGGAGAAUAUGAGCUCGGUAGAUUUGUUUGAUGGUAAGAAUGCUAGGAGGGGGAAGGACGUCGAAGAGAAGGUGAAAGAAGGCGAUGACGAUUUGCUGGUUAUUAGCCCUGUUGUAGACGGAAGGUUGAAAGAUGUAGGAAGAGAGUAGAACUUCGUUAACUAGACGGGAUCACAACUCGGACUGGUU